AUGUUCGAGCCCAACUCCUCAGAAACACACCAGAAGCGGCGGGAGGAGGAGAGAUACCUGACACAGCUCCAUGUCGCCGCCAGAGAUGGCAGUACGGAGUUUGCGAAGCAGCUCAUACACAUGGGAGAGACGAAGGAUUUCGGGAACUCGGGUAUUGUCAACAGACAAGACAAGAAUGGGGCAGCCGCCCUCCAUUACGCUGCUUUCUAUGCUCGCACUGACAUGCUCGAAUUUCUACUCAAGCAUGGAGCCAAGGUGAACAUUCAAGACAGCAACGGCAAGUCUCCUCUGCACUCCGCUGGGCACGAGGCAUGCAAGAUGCUGGUAGAGAGGAAGGCGAGGCUGAACGUGCGGGACAAGGCUGGAUGGACACCCUUGCAUGCGGCAGCAGCCGUUGACGAUGCAAAGACGGCAAGACUGCUGAUCAAGAUGCAGGCUGACAUCGACGCCCCUUCCAACCUCGGAUGGGCCCCUAUCCACGUUGCUGCGAGGUAUGACAGCCAGUCUGUGAUCUCUGCGUUGAUCGCAGCAGAGUGCAACGUGCUGCUGCGGACCAACGACCUCCACCUGGCUCUAGAGCUCAGCCUGGAC